UUGAUCAAUUAAGAAAACUUUGCCAAACAUCACAAAUUAAUGGCCUCCAAAGCUUUCUUGAUUGUUGCAAUGAUUUUGGCUCCGACUUUGGCCUACAGUUACAAGGUUGGAGGAGAUAGCGACGGAUGGAAAUCAGGCGACAAUUACACAGAAUGGGCAACGGGCAAAAUUCGCGACGCUUUUGCUACGAAUUAUGUUGUCGGGGAUAACGCAGGUUGGAAAUUAGGUGUUAAUUACACUGCAUGGACUGAGGGCAAAACCUUUCGUGUUGGUGACACACUUGUGUUUAUGUACACGUCUGGAACCCACAACGUGUUGAAGGUGGAUGGAGCUGAUUUCCAAAAAUGUGCGUCGUCAAAUGCUUCGGCCAAGCCUUUGACAAGUGGAAAUGACAUGAUUACCCUUGCCACCCCGGGGAAGAAGUGGUACAUUUGCAACAUUGCUGACCACUGCUCAAAAGGGAUGAAGCUUGUCAUCACUGUUUCUGAGGCGGAAGCACCGGCUCCCUCCCCCUUGCCGGGAUCUUCCGCUCCGCCACCGCCGGGAACUUCGGCAGCUAGUGGAAUCUCCUUCUCCUUCUCCAUCUCCCCUUUGAAAUAUACUGUGUGGAUGCUUGCAGCUAUGGCCCUGUCUAAAAUGGUCAUGGCUUAAAAGCUGAUGAAUCUGCUUUCAUUUAUGUUAUGUAUUUGUGCUGUCUGGUUGAUCUAAUUCUUUGGUAAUAUUAUUGGGGAUUUUAUUGUAAUUCAUUUAAGUAAUUGCACGAUUAAAAUAAAUAUGAUUUUUGUUCUUGUUAAUUAA